AUGCCAGAUGAUGGUACGGCACAAGAGUCUUGGUCUGAGACCAUCACUAGUGAGGACUUUAUCAAGCAGCUUCCUAAAGCUUCCGACACAGAGCAUUGGGACCCCUUGAUCAUUGAGGCCAUCCAAAACAUUCCCGAGAAUAGCAUCGUCAAGUGGAAAUUGUGCUGGCGAGACCCUCAGACCAGGUGGACAUCCCCUGAGGGACGCAUCAUACAGCUUGGAGAUAGUGCUCACGCCUUCAUUCCGUCUUCGACCUCCGGGGCUACUACUGCACUGGAAGAUGCCCAGUCGCUGCCCGAAUGUCUUCGGCUGGCAGGAAAGGCCAAUGUUGACAUCGGGACCAAGAUUCAUGAACUCUUACGUCUUCGCCGCGCAUCAAUCCUGCAACGCCUGGGUCAUGAAAACAGGCGCGAGAUGCAUCGCUUUGGAGGCAUGGAGGAAGUCAUGAAGCACGCACCGCCUGGUGGACCAAUGGGUCUUGGAAAAUGGAUCUGGACGCACAAUGCCGAAGAAUACGCAACCAAGAAGUUUGCGGAAGCGCGCGCUCACCUGCAAAACGGUGCGCCGUUUGAACACACCAACCUUCCUGAAGGGCACAAGUGGGAGCCGUGGUCUAUGCAGGAAGAACUUGAGAAGGAGAAGCAGGGAAUCAACACGCCCGAGUUGAAGUUGAAUGGAGAUUGGGGUAUUUACUAG